AUGGCGGACCUAAAUCUCGUAGCCGUCCUGGAAUUCCUCAGGGCAAAAUUCCCUGACGCAUUUAAGGCGCUUACCGCCGAAACCGAAGUUCGCGCAGGCCCAUCCAAGACCGACCCCAUCAGCGAUGCGUCAUUAUCAUCGGGUAGUGACCUUGAAGAAAUGGAGCUAGACUCCCCGCUAUCCCCCGAGAACCCGGAAGACACAGGAGGCCUGUUUACGGAAGUCCGUAACAAGAAAAAACGCAAGAAGCGCUCCUCCCCCGCCCCCUCGUCAGAAUCAUCAUCCUCGUCCCCCGUCCCUCCGAAGGCGCCGCGCCCUCACUCCCCGCUCGAAUCCGGAUCGGCCCAUUCAGUUUUGAUUCCAGCCCUUAUGGCAAUGCCCGUCGCGCCCCCCAAAACUGCUCCCAUAAAGCAGUCGGCUGUCCAUUCGGCUCCCCCCGUAGCCCGUGCGCUGACGGACAAAAAACCGCCACCCAUUUACAUCCAAGCCCCGGACAAAUGGCCGAUGAUUCAAUCGGCCUUGUCCAACAAAUUUAAAGUCGUAGCCGCAGCUACAGCCCAAGGCAUUCGGAUGCAACUGGAGACCGCCGAGGCCUUCAGGUUCGUAACCCGGUUCCUACAGGAAAAGGAGGUGUACUACCACACGUACACACUCGCAGAAGAGCGCAUCCUUAGAGUGGUGAUCAAACGCAUCCCUAAGGAAAUCCCCAUUGAAGACGUAGUCCAGUCCCUUAAAGACCAGAAAUAUCCGGUCAUAAGUGUCUUCCGGAUGACCAAUAGGCGAACAAAAUCGCCUAUUGACUUAGUGCAGGUUCAUUUAGAGCUGUCGCCUGAAGGGAAGGCCAUUUUUGACGUAAAGUCAAUCUGUGGCCUCAGCGGGCUCAUAGUAGAGCCGCCACGCAAAAAUGGCCUCCCCGGUCAGUGCCACAAAUGCCAGUUGUACGGGCACUCGGCCCGCAACUGCUUCGCUCGUCCUAGGUGUGUUAAGUGCCUAGGAGAUCACGGUACGUCGGAGUGCUCUAGGCCGAAAGAUAAAUCACUUUUAGAGGCUUUCGGAAAGCCCGCCUGCGUUCUUUGCCGCGGUGAUCAUACCGCUAACUACCACGGGUGCCCAAAAGCACCUAAGCGUAGCCCGAACCAACCCCAGCGAUCGGUACGUCGGCCCCCUGCGGUACUCUCAGCCAACGAAUUCCCACCUCUCCAACCCUCGUGGAAAACGAAUGCUCGAACCCCCGCAUGGGGCAGUAAUAUUCCCACGGCUAGCGUACCCGCGAGUACCACGCCCAUUCCUAAACCGGCACCGGUCAAGCCGGCGGCAAUGCCUACGCCACCUAAAACGACAGGGAAUCCUUUUGAAUCCCUCAACCGUCUUACGAGCCUCAAUAUGGAGGAAGUUCUAACAUUCACCGACGAAUACGAAAAAGCGUCAGGAAAUAUAGGAACCCGACUGUACUUAAUUAAAAAGUACAAGCACAUCGUAUGUGCCCUCGAACACAACUAG